AUGCACCUCUUUGAUAACACAUCAGACGCAGAGUUAGAGUCAAAGAAACUCUCUACAGUCCGUAGCAUUGCAUGCACAUCACCUACUAAGUUGGAAGCAAGCACCGAUCUAGCCUUUUAUGAUACCAUGAUUUCGGCUAAUACCAACUGGAGUGUUUGUGGAUUCAAAGAAAGUCUGCAAUAUACCAUCAAGUUUUUAUGGAAAAGUGGUAUUUGCGUAAAUGAGAACGGCUCAGACUUGUGUAGUAUCAUGAACGAUGUCCUUGAACAUGAUGUGCGCAUUGGAACCAAACAACACUCGCACCAGGUAUCUCCAAAAGGAUUACUGCUGCUGUAUUGCUUUGCCGAGUGCUUCAAUUGUACUGUGUUUCUGUUCUCGACAAGAAAGAAGCCAACAAUUAUCAAGCCUGUGGAAAGGGACGGUGCCACUAGAAAAUUCGCAGCAUUGUUAUCUCAUCAAGUGCUGGUGAAUCUAAGAACGAUGAACCUGAAGUUGAUGAUGACAAACCCACUGGAUCAGAAGCAGGUGGUGCUGGAACUGAUGGUGCUGGAGCUGGUGAGGCAACUGGCGGAGCGAUGGUUGAUCCAACCAUAG